CUAGACGAUCACAGCCCACUGUUUCUUUCUUCGUUGCGUGUCUUAGUUCUCUUCUCCCCAUUUCUCUGUCUGUCCUUUUCUUUCUGUCCUUGUUUGGUUUACAGGGACAGCACUGCAAGAGAGAACUAGCUUGCAGGGAUCAUGGGAAGAGCUCCAUGCUGUGACAAAGCUAACGUCAAGAGAGGACCUUGGUCCCCGGAAGAAGACGCCACCCUCAAACGCUACGUUGAGACCCAUGGCAUCGGCGGCAACUGGAUUGCUUUUCCUCAAAAAGCAGGGCUUAAGCGAUGUGGGAAGAGUUGUCGUUUACGGUGGCUGAACUACCUGAGACCAGAUAUCAAACAUGGAGGCUUUACUGAAGAAGAAGACAACAUCAUUUGCUCUCUCUACAGUCAAAUGGGAAGCAGGUGGUCUCUCAUUGCUUCACAACUACCGGGAAGAACAGACAACGACAUCAAGAAUUAUUGGAACACCAAGUUGAAGAAGAAGCUAUUUGCAUCCAAAACAACCCUACCCCUCCAAAAUACAACUCCCAUUGCUGAACCUCCUCUUCUGUGUGUUCCCAAACCCGAACCCUUCAACAAUUUCGAUUAUUCAUCUCCACAAUCCCACAAUAUUGUGAGUUCUGCAACAUUGCCUGUGUUAACUGAUACCGGUUGUGGAGUCCUGACUAAUUUCAAUGGACCUCAAAGCCUGCUCUUUUCUUCACCAGAUGUCGGUCAUGGUUCCCAAUUCGUCCCCUCCUCGUCUUCCCAAAAUGGUUUGGAAACCAUGGCUGUCACCGCAAGUGGGAAUGUGGAAGAUGGUGGGAUGUUACCGGAUUUCGGGUUUGAGUUCCCUUAUGAUCUUGUCAAUGGCCUCUGGACUAGCGCUACUCAAGAUCACAAACCUGGUGGGAUUUUCCCAUGCUGACAUGUAUAAACCCACAAGAUCAAGUGUUGCUAACACAGAACAUGCAUGUGAAAGAGGAUAUAUAUGAUACUAAUUUUCUCUUCACAUGUAAUCUUUUAUGAUUCAGACAUUUGGGUGUAUUUCUAUGCAGAUGAAACAUAAAUUAAUUAAAUGAAGAGCUUAGUUUAGUUGGUUAUUUUGCCUCGUGUCUGUUUUGUUUAAUGUGAUGAAAUUGUAAUAUUUAUGUAAGAAGCUAAAGAGAGAUGUUUUAGUACCUCUUCUUUUUUUUCAUAAAAUAAUGUUUUAGUA